AAUUCGAAAAUUCGUGAUCGUGUCUACUCCAAUAUGGAUUAUCUAACGGGCGAUUCCGAGUGGCUGAGCAACAAUGAUUUAUUCUUGUCGACUGCACCGAAUCCUUCAGCUGCACGUAAUAAUGAAAUUAGAAGAGGUGCUGGUGUCUUGGGAACAAUUUUUUUAAUUGUGAAUACUACAUUGGGCGCUGGUUUAUUGAAUUUUCCACAGGCCUUUGAUAAGGCUGGUGGAGUAGGAACUUCUGUCCUAGCGCAAUUUGGUUUUCUUGUCUUCAUCACAGCUGCACUGAUAAUAUUGGCUAGUUGCAGCGAUAGUACAGGCUGUAUUACCAUGCAAGACACAUUUGCUGCAUUAUGUGGAUAUAAAUCUCUUAUUUUUUGCGGAAUUUGUGUGGCUAUUUACAGCUUUGGCUGCUGUUUAACAUUUCUGAUAAUCGUUGGCGAUCAAUUUGAUAGAGUCUUUGCUACAUAUUAUGGUCUUGAUUAUUGUCAUACUUGGUACUUAUCCAGACCAUUUGUGACAGCUUUGUCCUGCAGUAUAUUCAUAUUGCCUUUAUGUUUUUUUAAAAGAUUGGAUAUUUUGAGUUACGCAAGCUCUAUUGGGUGCAUAACCAUGAUAUAUGUUGUAUGUUUAAUAAUUUAUAAAAGCAUCACACAACAGACUGACACUGUACCGUCCAUAAAAAUUUGGCCAGACAAUGGAUACGAAAUUUUACAGAUAAUACCCAUCAUUUGCUUUGCUUAUCAGAGCCACAUGACCGCAAUACCAACUUACGCCUGCAUGAAGGACCGUCAUCUAGGCAAGUUCACACUAUGCGCCGUGAUUAGUAUGCUGAUCUGUUUUGGUGCGUACAGCAUCGUUGGUUAUUUCGGCUACCUUACAUUCGGCAGCGGCAAGGUACCGAGCGAUAUCUUACAAGGCUACACUGAGAAGAGCGUCGUAAUAACUGUGGCGAUAAUCGCGGUCGCUGUUAAGAACUUUACCACUUAUCCCAUCGUCCUGUACUGCGGACGAGACGCGCUUCUCGGUAUCUUUAAUGUUAAUCUCGAUCGAAUUGGCGUUCGUGUGAUUGUUACGUUGAUCUGGUUUGUCUCAUCAUUGAUCGUCGCCAUUCUCGUGCCGGAUAUCUCGCCGAUCAUUAAUUUAUUGGGAGCAUUGUCCGCCAUGUUCAUCUUUAUGCUGCCAGGUAUCUGCCUCCUGCAAAAUGUACUUCUUAGAGAUCCGGAAAUGUACUUGAACAAAAACCGCCUAUUGAUCGUCUUCGCGAUUUUCUUGACUGCGCUCGGCGCCUUUGUAUGCGGCGUCGUAUUUCUGGAGACUCUUCAGGAUCUCUACAAAACGCCGUCUAACUCGCCACCAUUAGUCACCGGUUUUAGACAGUUCAAAGAGAGUCUAUGCGUAUGAAUAUUACAUUUACUAUUGCUCGAAAUACAUACUACAGAUUGCAUAAUCUCUAUUGAAGAUUAGAUUUAUUAUCAUUAACGAUGAUCUG